AUGGGUCUCACCUUUUCUAAGCUUUUCGACAAAUUGUGGGGUAAGAAGGAGAUGAGAAUUCUGAUGGUUGGUCUUGAUGCUGCCGGUAAAACCACCAUUCUCUACAAGCUUAAGCUUGGCGAAAUCGUCACCACGAUUCCUACCAUCGGCUUCAACGUCGAGACUGUCGAGUACAAGAACAUUCAGUUCACCGUGUGGGACGUCGGUGGUCAGGACAAGAUCCGUCCCCUAUGGAGGCAUUACUUCCAGAACACUCAGGGUAUCAUCUUCGUCGUCGACAGCAACGAUCGUGACCGUGUCGUUGAGGCCCGCGAGGAACUCCAGCGCAUGCUCAACGAGGAUGAAUUGCGAGAUGCCAUCCUGUUGGUCUUUGCCAACAAACAGGAUCUUCCUAACGCCAUGAACGCUGCCGAGAUCACCGACAAGCUUGGUCUUCACAGCCUGCGGCAACGCGCCUGGUACAUCCAGUCUACAUGCGCCACGUCUGGUGACGGUCUGUACGAGGGUCUGGAGUGGCUCGCCAAAACCCUCCGCAGCGCCGGCCAGUAG